AUGGCAUCAAGUAGCGACUCCGUCGCUGUCAAGCCACUAGAUGGCAACAUUCUCCAGCUCAUCCAAGACCUUCGACAUACCAUCCAGGCGACGCAGAAGGACGGAAUGUUAAUGAUCGAUGUUGAAACUAUCCAUUCUUUCACUCGCUUUUCCAAUUCCCUUAAUCCUACCUACCUUUCAGAAUUGGUAUCUUUGUUCGACGACGAAAAUCAUGGGAAUUGCUCUAGACUUGAUGUUGCAUCUUUUUAUUGCAUGUGUCAUAUCCUUCUCAGGUCAAGACCAUGCAUCGCAAGGGAUAGAGGAUUUUAUCUAUUUCUUGAAUCUUUAAGAGAGCUGACAAAGAUGGUCCACGAAGGAAUCAACCCCAACCUUGCGGCUUCUGCUCGUAAGAGAAAAGUAAUUCUGGGAGAAAAGUCUAUCCGUGGGCUGUUCGGAUCAUUCGUUACCCAGUAUCCGACAUUGGCACGAAGAUGGGUGAGAGCUAUGACCAAUAUCUUUGCCUAUGCCCUACUGACCGAAAUAGAACACCUCGGCGGCCUGAUUCUGAGCGACACAGACUGUGUAUUGAAAUUGAUAUCCGGGCUAAUCAUCCAGCAACUGCUGCUGGCCGGGCCCGAGCCUUGUGCAUUCUGGCCUCUGGAUGCCGAUUCCAAAUUUACUUCGUGGCUUACGCCGAAUGCCGCAAUAGACGCUUACUGGAUGAAUAAUUUUGUCAAGCUACUUGUGUUGGUUGACUUAAGCAAACGUCAUCGGUUCCCUAAGACGAUGAUAAGGUGCCUGCGUUCGCUGACGAUACCAGGGUUCGAUCUCAAUUCAAAGAACACUCCAAUUGCAAUGGUAAUUGAAAACAAUCACCUUACCUUUGUUGCUGUCAGCAGUGAACGAGUCCAAAUUAUAGAUGUCCCUAUUAAUUUUGUUCGAGGUGUGAUGUUUUCCAAUCUAGGUCUAUCAGCGCUGCAAGUAGACCUGGUUGAGGAUACUUGCUACUUUGCAAACGGCUUGGCUAUAAAGGCAGAGUCUUUAGAGGCUACAUUUACAACUUCUCAAGUCGCUAAUGAGGUGUUAAAGACACUAAACCAGCGACCUAGCAAAUUGGCGUAUGACAGCAAUGAUCUCACUGCCUAUAUACCAGGACAGAAGGAAGUAAAUGCGAAAAGGACCCUCAAAAAUCGUGGCCAUGCAAUAUCGGCCGCGAUAGACCUCACCGAAGAUGAAGGAAACAUUGCGUCUCCACAGGGCCUCAUGCAGCCACCUUCAGGUCGGAAAAACAACAUAUACACCAAACGAGUAUCGUCAUCAGCAGCAAUCGAAAUUUCUCUACUAUCUGACAGCUCUACAGAGCAUGAUGACAGUCCUCAAAGAAAAAAAACUGUCGAGAAGGCGGGGCAGAAAGGCGAGAAUCUUGAAAGUGGAUAUGCCUCAAUGAGCCCGCAAAAGGCAGCUUUGAACAAGCCAAACAGCGACAAAAUGCCAACUCAAGUACAACUGACUAGUCUGGAUUUGGUACAUGAUAGAGAUACACCGGCGCAAGGCAGUCCACGAGAGACGUGGUCCCAAUGCGGCUCUGCUGAGGGGGCGGGACGGAUACCCGAUUCGGCAACAUGCGAGGUUGACCUAGUGCAACGUCAGUCUGCCAGCCCACAGGCUACCUCGCCUGAAAAUUCCGAACAUGACCACCAAAUAAGCAGCGAAGUAGUGGCACCAGUACCUGCGAACUCUGAUUAUGAGAUAGCUGGACACCAACAGGAAAACACAAGGGCUACAGAGACUACUGCCACGAUGGAACUAGUCCCCCAGCCGAAACCACCCGAUAGUAUUCCUGGAAUCAAAGAACAGGACACGAAAUCUCCAAAUCUCAACACUUCGCGGCUCAAGCGUCCUAAUCAUAGAAUCAGUGGCCAGCUCGGUAAGAGAGACGAUGUCGAUUGGGAUCAAGAUCUUCGUGUGGAGGACAAAGCUCCGGAGACUGCUGUCAAAGCUAAAAGGCAGAAAAAAACGCCAUUGGCCAUGGAUUCAGCCAAGAUUCAGAGGCAGCGGAAAAGCGCUUUGUCCACUAGAGUAAAAAAAACUGUUGUACGAAUGUUAUCUCUGAGCCCCAGGCCUCCUCAGGCGGAGUCUGCGCCGCCAAAGCAAAAAGCAAACCCCCAAGUAACGAAAACACUUGCUGCGAAUCGGCAACCUAGAGCAGCGGCUGAAUUGGCAACUAAAAAGCUGGCAGCCGCUAGGCAAGAAGACCUACUAUUCGCGUAUGACGAUCCAAUAGAAUCGAGUACGCCAGCUAUUGCAGCAGUGGAAGGUGAUAACUCUGGCAGAGGAGACAGAAAUAUAAUCGAAUCCCCGGUGCAAAAGGCCGCGGAACUAAAGUCUCAAGCCAGCGAUGACGGCGCCAACAAUAUCACAUUGAGGCAUGUAAGCCCCUUUCCCGGGUUUAGGAUGCCGUCGCUGCAGUCCGGUGAAGCAGAUAUAUCUCACGGCGAUAAGAUAGAUAUAUGCUUAACGCUGUCCAAACAGCAAAGUCUGCUGGCGCAAACCCGGAAACGCAAGUCCCCAACGCCACUGGACAAUGCAAAGGCAAGACAGGACUCACCUGCAUCCAAGCGCACGAAGCCAGCAGAAUUCGGCGCCGAGGCAAAGCGAAAUUGGGGAGGAAAGCUCAUGGCAACGCUCGAAGAUGCCGGUAUAUGCCCUGCGGAAGGAGAGCAACCCGGAAACUCAAGUGUUCAGGAGGAAAAGGCGGCUCCACAGAUACUCCAACCCAAGACAGAUAUGAGCCUAAACAUUGCAGCAAGAUCCCAAAUUUCAAGAAAUGUUUCCUGGUUUAUCGCGCAGCAGAACGCAAAAGGGCAAAGAGUAGACGCAGCCGCUGUUGGGGUUUCCCAACCUUCACACCCGGAAGAAAGUGCCGGGAUAACAGCUGAUACUGGAGAAGUAGAGCCAGAGAAAAUAGAUGUUGACCCUAUUGGUUUUUCUUCGGAGGGGGUUUCGACACCACCCGAUGAAGAUGAACAACAUCUUGCUGCAGAACCAACAGUUAAAAACACAUGUCAAAUAACGGGGAAUCAAUAUCGAUCAUAUCAUCAUGAGCAGGAAAUGGGUGUUGGAGCUGAUAAACCAGUAAAUAGACGAUUAACAUGGGGUAGAAAGGUACAACAAGGUGUAAGAUUCAAUACAAAUUCGCAUGGCAGUGAUUCCAGAAGUAGCCUUGAAGGUUCGCAUUUGGAACACCGGGUCGAACUGGACAAUUCCCCGCUUAAUCCCAUUAUUCUUGAGAGUAGUGAUGAUAGCAGCCCAGACGAAAAUGGGGACGACUCCGAUGCUUCUAUUUGCAUUCUAUCCAGAAACAAUUUUCUGGCAAAAUGUGACGCGAAGGGUUUAUCCAAUUCGCAGAGCCAGACAGUCAAUGAGAAAGGAAGUCCUCAGCCAAAACUAUUCUUAAGAACCAAGAAGAUCGAGGGCAUGCAUUAUGAGUGUUUAGACCAAAAAGGAGUCGAAUAUGCGACAGGAUUCAAGGUAGUCAAAACUCCUAUGGAAGACACUGAUAUAGAGAUAAACGACAACAUGAAUCCAGCUUCUAGGUUCAAUAAUUCGGUCAAAUACCUCAACCACUGUCCUAAAAACGAGGCACUUGAAGAACAGCAGAAGGGUGCUGGAGCUCCGGGUUUUCAGCUUCAUGGAACUUCGAUGACCAUUAAGCAGCACGGAAUUAAGUUGCUCGAUGAGCCAGAAAGCCGGGCAAGCUUACAAGGCGCGAGUCCGAAGGGCCACGGGCAGGGUCUGCAUUUUCCUGAAACAAAACAACAGGAAAUUCAAAGUAGUCGAAACUGUCUACCAACUGACCGCCACGUUUCGGAAGAAGAGAAAGUGGCUUCACAACCAGAGAAAGAAGCGGACGUCGGCGAAGGAGUCAUAUCUUCGGCGGCCUCGUCGGAGCCCAAUUCUGCGUCUCUCGCCAUGGAAUGGCAAAAAGCAAUGCGAGGUUCACAGAGAACUACGCUCGAUAUGUUGCUGGAUACGAGCAAUAUGCUGAUGCGACAUUUACUGGACGAGGAGAGCGCCAUUGCAAAUGUAGUUGACCAGUACGCAAAGGGAGGAAAGCGGAUCAUUGAUCAAUUGGAGGAGACGCAUCAGAAAAUUUGGGCAGAAUCCGCGUCACAGCUUCAGCUGGCACAACAGGGUUCAUCUGAUGUCUGCCGGAUCGUGCUGCGUCUAUUGGGCGAUGAACAACGCGCAGUUCGUGAUCUUCCGUCAAUAGCAAACCUGGCCGCGGCAUACGAGAAAAAAGGAAAACAAUUACUGCAUCGUGUCGACGAGGCAGCGAAGGAGUGCGAGCAGGAGGAGCUGUGA